UUCAUUUAAUCGGAGAGCAGAGCAGCGGAGAAACUUCAUUCUCACUUCUCAGUGGGGACCGGAGGAGUUACCGUGUGCGGGCACUGGGCACUCUCUGCUCCUCUGCGCACGCUGAGCCAACACAGGGUCUCCAGCACCAUGAGUGGAGUUCGCCACCACGUCGGAUUUCUCCUCCUGGCCCAAGCGGUGCUUUGUGCCGCCGCCACACGGUUUCAAGAUGUGCUGCGCCAUGGAAGAACUUCUCCUGUCACAUCCUACAAGAAGCUACAAGGCUGGACUAGUGAUCAAAAUAAAUGGAAUGAAAAGCUUUAUCCUUUCUGGGAAGAAGGCGAUCCCAGAUGGAAGGACUGCUGGAAAGGCGGAAGGGUGACAGCCAAAUUGGACACUGAUAGCCCAGCACUGGUAGGAUCCAACGUGACCUUUGUUGUGACUCUCCAGUUCCCCAAGUGCCAGAAAGAAGAUAGCAAUGGCAACAUAAUAUAUGAGAGAAAUUGUACGCAGGAUCCUCCAGCUUCCCAGGAUCAGCAAGUCUAUGUCUACAACUGGACCGAAUGGAUCGACAACUGUGGCUGGGAAAACUGUACAAGCAACCACAGCCAUAAUGUAUUCCCAGAUGGGAGACCUUUCCCACAUUAUCCUGGCUGGAGGAGAAGGAACUUUGUCUACGUGUUUCACACGUUUGGUCAGUACUACCAAACAACUGGGCGAUCUUCAGCAAUGUUUUCAGUCAACACAGCAAAUAUCACUCUGGGCAAACACGUGAUGGCGGUAUCCAUUUACAGGAGAGGGCACUCAGCGUACAUUCCAAUUGCAAAAGCAAGUGCCAUUUAUGUUGUAACAGACAAAAUUCCAAUAUCUGUGAGUAUGUUCCAAAAACAUGACCGCAACAUCUCAGACUCCAUUUUCAUCAAAGACUCACCAAUCACAUUUGAUGUGAAGAUCCACGAUCCCAGCCACUAUCUUAAUAAUUCCGCCAUCUCCUACAAGUGGAACUUCGGAGAUGGAAGUGGCUUAUUUGUAGCCAGCAGCCCCACUACAUCUCACACCUAUACUCUGCAAGGAAACUUCACUCUGAAUUUAACUGUCCAAGCCAUUAUACCUGUCCCUUGCAGGCCAGUAACACCCACUGCACCACUGCCCACCUCAGCAGUAACGACUGGAGCAUCUUCUAUUUCAGAUUCUUCUAUCACUCUCCAGUCAAUGGAAGAUAAUCCUGAUGGAGGUUGCCAUAUUUACAGAAAUGGGUACUAUAGAAAUGGUAUCUCUGUUGUAGAGGGAAUCCUUGAGGUAAAUAUUAUUCAGAUGACAAGCAUCCAGAUGACAGAAAGUCAAGCUGAAAACGCACUGGUUGACUUUGUUGUUACCUGCCAAGGGAGCCUCCCCACAGAUGUCUGCACAGUAGUUUCUGACCCCACGUGCCAGGUGUCCAAGAGUGUGGUAUGCGACCCCAUUGUUGUCACUGAUGAAUGCUUACUCACUGUCAGGAGAGCUUUUGAGGAAAGUGGAACAUACUGCAUAAACAUCACCUUGGGGGACGACACAAGUCAAGCCCUUGCCAGCGCGCUGAUUUCCGUAAAUGGAGGGUCAUCAUCAGCAACAACAGAAGGUGUCUUUAUCUUCCUUGGUUUGUUGGCAGUGUUUGCCGCCGUUGGGGCUUUUGUCCUUUACAAGAGAUACAAGCAAUACAAGCCUAUCGAGAGAAGUGCGGGACAAGCAGAGAACCAGGAGGGACUAACUGCUUACUUCAGCAAUUUCAAAGCAAUUUUCUUCCCUAGUAGCACUGAGAGAAAUCCUCUGCUGAAAAGUAAACCAGGCAUUGUUUAAACCUUUAGUCUAUCCCUGACUAUUAGAUUACGUACAAGACUCAUAUCUGAACUGUACUUUGAUGGGGUUUUCUUGUUGUUAUAAAAAAACAGGGGGUAAGGUGAAAGUACAUAUAGAUGGGGUGGUAACUUUUGGGGGCUUGGUGCAAUUAGGAAUAUUAAAAUAGUCCUUCGCAGAAAACAAAGAGGUAGUUUAGAGCACUUGUUGUUCUUGCUUGUGAUCUAGGAUAUGCUCUUAUGAAUAACGAACACACACCCCUCUCCCUUAUCUGGGUUUUCUUGCUUCUAGGUUAACUACCUGCAAAACUAAUCAGACCCACAAUCUGGAGAGGAAAAAGAAAGGGUAAUUAAACCAAAACAAAACAACACAACAAAAACUUGUAAAUGCUUAGUCUUAAAUAGACAGUCUGGUAUAACCGCUUACUGUCUUAGCAGGAUUCAUGCCUUUGCUAGAAAGAAAGACACAGGGGGCAGGCACAUGUUUUGUCUGUGGAAUGAAACGUGCCGUGGUCGAUUCCCAGGCAUUGGCACUGAACCGCUGACCCUGUCACUCACCAAGCAAACCCCAGAUUCUGGGAACCACCAGAGACCCUCUUCCCUACCGGGAGUUUGGCAGCAGCCACUGUGUUUUGCAAGGUUCAAUAGCAUGGAUGCAGCUCAUUACAUCCCAGUUGGCCUCCGGGCCAGAAAACAGGGCUGGACACAUUUAGUUUCCUACUGGACAUGGCUACCAGUGCAUGAGUCUCACUAUAAACCAGACCACAGACACCCAAGCAACAAGACCGAUGAGACUCAUCUGCUUGGCUUUCCCUGUUGAAACUUUUACUCUGAGUCCCUUGUAAGAUACUUAGAUGCCAUUGCUGAUGCUCUCUUUGUCUCCUUCGUUUCUGCUGGUCUUGAAACACUGGAUUGGCACCACCAGUCCCCAGAGGGCAGAUAAGUGGUCCAUGGAAAAGGGUCAGUAGAAUGAGGGUCGUAGCAGGAAGGGGUAGCGUUCGAUUCCCUUCUCCCCUUCUCUUCUCAUUCCUCUUUCUCCUGCGGUAAAGAUACAUUAAUAUCUGCUUGCUCUUCCAUCCCUCCAACUUGGACCACUUAAUCAAAUGAAAACCCCAAUCUAAAUAAAGCACUAUGCUCCAGUUUCUGCUUUUGCAUGAUGCAGCUUAGAAAGUGUAAACUUAUGCAAGAAAACUGACCAAAAAAUGCUUUAAAUAGUUCAUUUUCCCUAUGAGCCUUUCUGUUAAUAUGGAAGUUUAUAAUCAAAGUGAAAUUAAUUUUGAGUUGGGGGCUUCGCAAAUGACUUUACGCCAACCAUUUCCAAGCACUGAAUUCUUUGAAGAUCUGUAUUUUAAUAUAUUUAGCUUAUUUACUGUGUCUUGGAACAUUUCUGAUAUAUUUUGUUUGCAGUUCCUGAUGCGAUAUAUAAGCAUAAACAUAUUUUCCUGGUAUCUUAGCGGAUCUGUCAAAUGCUUAUCAUUCACAAUCUGAAUGUAGUCUUCACUACCACUUCCCCAGUGUGCAUGGACAACUUCAAAUGAUUUGAGGGUAUAAAAAAAUGCAGAUUUCUACAUACCUGUGAGAUUAGUUCUUUAGCUAUGAAAUUUAACAGCCUCUUUUCUUAUUUUGUUUCCAGGUUGUCCAAUUGGUUUAAUUCUUUUGUGGUCGUUUCAGUUAUAUUAUUAAAAGUGCCAUAUUUGCCAUUGUUCCAUCUUCCUUAUAUGUAACAUUCUAUUAUCUAACCAUAACUGGGCAUCUAAAACUAUUCUCUGAUUUAAACAGAAAACAUAUUUCCUGCAAAAAUUACCAUCCGAAUGUUACGUCCUCUGUUAUCAGUCAGACUGUUGACAGGAAGAACUGUAAUUUGUAUUUCUUGCUCUGGCUUGAGGCAGGACAGGGAUUUAGGCAAAAGCUCAAGAUGACCUGUAACACAGCAUGAAAAAAUAAGGUCUGUCAUAGGUAUAAUGCUCAGGAUCAGUAAUGAUGCAGGCUACCACUGACCUAGGUUAUAUGCAGAAUGCAUCUUGUUUCAGCAAAGCACUGCACGUUAGGAGCUCAGAGACAUCUUAGGCUUUUGCACAGAAAACAACUUUUGGGCAUAUUUUAAGAAGUUUUUUUAUCUGUUAAUCUAGGUAUACAGAAUAGCUUGCACUAUCUUCCUUUAAAUAUCGUCAGAAUACUACAUUUUUAUAAUUUGAUUUUGCCUUUUCAGCUGUAACUUCCAUUUCAUACAUCUUUACAUUUAUACAAUGGAAUCUAACCGCUGCAUUGACAA